ACUCAAGUCAAACUAUAGUUGGCUCCACGUUGAAGCUCACUACUCGCUCAGCAUCUUUCCCUGCUGGUUUCACUCUCAGAGGAACGAGACACGUUAUCACUGUUUACUUUCAACAACUUCUUCACCAACUUUUUUAUGAGCUCAACAUGACGUUCAGGAGGCUGAAGAAGGUGAACUCCAGCGGGCCGGAGAGUGGACCCGCAUCUCAAGACGACAUUUAUUUCCCCUCGUCAAAGUCGGACAGCUGUAGGACCGUGGACUUACCGACAAACUCCUCGGAGGUUUACAACUACAAAACUUUGGCUUAUUCUGGAGGGACGCUGCCCAGAAACUUAAAAAAGGGUGGCGGGCUGCAGAAGUGGAAACCCUUAACACUCACACCAGAACCACAAAGAAAGGUGGUGGUGCUGGAGAAAAAUGAGGAGGAGACGUUUGGUUUCGAAAUCCAGACUUACGGCCUGCACCAUCAAGACCAAAACUCAGUAGAGAUGUGCACGUUUGUGUGCAAAGUGCACGAAGACAGUCCGGCCCAGCAAGCCGGACUUAAAGUUGGGGACACCAUCUCAAGUGUGAACGAGUCCACCGUGGAGGGAUUUCGGCACAAGGAGAUUGUGCAGCUCAUCAGGGCCUGCGGCAACUCACUCAGGCUGGAGACGGUUUACAGUGACUCAAUCCGAAAAGCGGAGCUGGAAGCCCGGCUGCAGUUUCUGAAGCAAACUCUUCAUGAGAAGUGGGAUGAAUAUCGGUCGCUGAUGGUGCAGGAGCAGAGGCUUGUUCAUGGUAUAGUGCUGAGUGAUGCUGCAGUGUACGAGUCCCUGGAGUCAGCAGGCGUGUACGGCAGCCUCGGCACUCCCAGCCCGGCCGCUGAGAGAGCCCUGCGCUGCACCGGCACCGGCAGCACAAGCAGCAGCGCCAGCUUUCUCAGCACGGCCACCGAGGACGACCCCCUCUACCAGACCUGCAUGUACCAGGUGGACGGCAGCGUGGACUCGGACAGCACCAGCACAGACAAAAAGAAAGAGCAGCCACCGCAGAGGAAGCUACGCCUCCGACCGGCCAGCGAGCUCUUCACGUCGGCCAAGACGCAGCUGACCCGCAGCGCCAGCACACGCAGCUACAUCAGAGGGUCUUCAUCAACGUCGUCCGCCCCGGCGGAGAAGCAAGGAGGAUUCAACUCGCUGCAGAGGAAGCCCAAACAGAAAAGCUUCCGCAGGCGUCUCCUAAAAUUCAUCCCUGGCUUAAACCUACCGCUGGAGGAGGAGGAGAGCAAACUGUGAGCAGCAAACUGAGCUGUUCAGCUAAACUGCAGACCCAAAGACUUAAAGCACCACUGACUGUCAAACUAAACUGCCAAAGAAAGACAUGCAAGCAGCCCCAAAGAGUGAAGAGACCAAAGGCUAAGAACAUGUGGCUACGUUCUGCAGCCCUCAGUGUUUCACAGCUGUAAAUAACUUUCGUUUCCUGUUGUUCUUUAAGUUAUUUAUUUAUUUUAACAUGUCUGCUUUAUGUACAGAAUGAAGGAUUUUUCAGUUUUUACUGCAUGCACCUACUUUUAUUUUGACAGCAGAGUAAAUGACCCGUUACCGUUUGUGAUUUUGCAAUGCAACAUUUUGUAAGAGACAAGUUUGAUAUCUACUUUAGAUUGAUCCUGUUUUAUUUUUUUGCCCUGCCUAAGUCACGGUUCCUAAAAAU